AUGGCCGUUCAGAAGGACUGGCACAAACCAUUGAACCCCCACCCUCCUUGGAGGUGUGCACCGGUGGUGGUGCCCAACACCCUGGGACAGGACAACAGGAUGACUCUAUGGGAUGGCUCCUUCCCCUUCUACCCUGGCACCAACGCUUGCUUCCCCUUCGACACCACCUGGGCCAUCAUUGCCUCCGUCUUCCUCUCUGCAUUGGUCACUUCCAUCAUCAUCCUGCCAGGCAUCCGGGGCAAAGGGCGGCUCUUCUGGCUCCUGCGGGUGGUGACAAGCCUCUUCAUUGGAGCAGUGGUCCUCACCAUACAGUUCACCAGGGACUGGGAGAGCGGCUGGGUGACAGCCAACACCUCCUACAAAUCCUUCAGCCUUGCUGUGGUGAAUGUGGACAUUGGGCUGCACAUCGGCCUGGCAGGGGUGAACAUCACGCUGGUGGGAAACCCAGUGAAUCAGGUCAAUGAGACCAUCAACUACAAUGAGCACUUUGCUUGGAGCUUUGAUGCAGACUACGACCACAGCUAUAGCAAAAGUCUGGAGAAGGGGCUGCCCAGCCCCAUCCUCUACGUGGCGGAGAAGUUCACCACACAAAGCCCCUGCAACGUGCACAGGCAGUACCGCAUCUCCAGCCGCUAUGCAUCCAUUACGCUGUGGAUGGCCUUAUGCACCUGGCUCAUUUCUAUCCUGCUCUUCUCCAUGCCUGUCCUCCUUUAUGGUGGCUACAUGUUCCUGCUCACUGCCGUGCUGAUGCUUUUCUCACUGCUCUUCUUUGUCAUGGUGAGGAACAUCCCAAAGUGUCCCAUCCAGUUUGGGCCAGCCUCCCUGAAAACAGAUUACGGCAGAUCUUUUUGGCUGACAUUGACAACAGGGCUGCUCUGCCUGCUGCUGGGGCUGGGUGUGAUUGUUCUCAACUCUGUGCACCCGCAGAAACUGAAGCUUGUCUUCAACCUGGACGAGGGAAGGAGAGAAGAUGUAGAUGGGUGGGACAAGUCCCACCUGCCAGCCGAGUCCAGUUCCUCUGAGCAGGAUAUACUGAUGGUGUCCCUGGGUGAGCUCUGUGAGGUUACAGCCACCAAGCUAUGA